AUGUUACGAUAUUACGAAACACGGACUUUAUCCAAGGCUGGAUUAAAAUACCAUCCGAAGUACCCAAGUAAGAUAAUCGAGACAGCAAUGAAAUACUCCGGCUAUAAAGACGGGAAAAAUCUGGAUUUCUUGCUUGAUGUCAGUUGUGGAGCAGGCCAGGCUACCAAACUGUUUAGCCCAUACUUUAAAACAGUAUUGGGAGUUGAUCCAAGCUUGCCACAGCUUGAGACUGCAAAAGAAAAUUGCUACUUCGAUAACGUUACUUUUAAGGAAGGUGUGGCAGAAGAUUUACCUGUUGCUAAAGAGAGUGUUGAUAUGGUCGUAGCAGGAGCUGCAACACACUGGUUUAACGUUGAAGCUUUUUUCAAAGAAACUGAAAGAGUCUUAAAACCAGGAGGAACGCUUGUUGUUUUAGAUUACGAUUCUCCCAAAUUUUUGCCAGUUGGUUUACAUUCAAAAGCAAAUGCUGAAAAGUUAGGUAAGCUUGCCGAUGCUAUUUACGCUGAAUAUCCAGUUGCUGCAAUGCUAAAAGAACCUGGCGUUGCACAAGCUUACCGUAAAUCUAGAUUCGAGGAGAUUUUCGAUGCUGCGCCCUUUUCGGAAAAGCGAACAGAGUGUUUACCUGAUAUUUUCUCGUGGUCGUUAGAUGACGCUCUUGGAUACAUAAAUUCAAUUGGCCCAUAUAGGCAAAUAGUGCGGAAAAGAGAAAAUGAAACACGCCAUCUACCUGUAAAUGAAAGAAAAGAGAAACUUCUAGAAUUGGAUGAGGCGGAAAAGUUUGUGAGAUUAGCUAAGGAAUGUUGGGGUUGCACCGAGAAAAAUAAUUCAGAAGUUCAACUUAAAGCUUCUUUUAACUUUUUUGUCUUGUUAGCAAAAAAGGCAAAGUGA